AUGUAUUUAUUCCAUCUAAUACAUGCCCUUCUAUUCGUUGUCCCGGUGAUUAUAUCGGAUCAAAAUGUAAGCUUCACCAUCAGGUCAGAUUUUGCUCCGUCGCCUCGAUUAACCAGCGAAGGUCUCGACGAUCACGUCUUUAGAGAGAAACGGUCAAAACACGCGGAAGCCCCCUUGUUCAAAGUUGAAGACCAAGAUGACCAAUUCAUCUCGGAGGCCUACUAUCCCUGUCGUAUGUAUCACCAAACCCACUGCAACUUUCAAUUUUUUCCCCCCUAAAUUUUCAACAUUCAAGCUAACAUAAUUUCCAUCUUCUUUUUAUUUUAUUUCCUUAUAGCUCUUGGAGGUAGGAUUGAAUGUGUAUGGCAGCAAGCGUUCGCCAAGGCAAGAAAGAUUGUCGACAAGAUGUCCAUUACCGAGAAAGUCAACCUCACUACGGGGGUCGGGUGGGGGUCAGGGCCCUGUGUGGGCAACACCGGCUCAGUGCCCAGGUUAGGUAUCCCCAAUUUGUGUUUGCAGGAUGGUCCCAACGGGGUGAGAUUCACAGAUUUUGUAACUCAUUUCCCCAGCGGGCUAGCCGCGGGGUGCACGUUCAACAAGGGUUUGAUUUACUUACGGGGCAAGGCCAUUGGCAGAGAACAUCGGAAAAAGGGCGUUCACAUUGCAUUGGGGCCCGUGAUUGGACCCAUUGGUUUGAAAGCUCAAGGCGGCCGCAACUGGGAAAGCUUUGGCGCAGAUCCGUAUUUGCAAGGCGUAUGCGGCGCCGCCACCGUCGAAGGGAUGCAAGAUGAAGGGGUGAUAGCCACGGUGCGGCACUUGAUUGGCAACGAACAGGAGCAUUUUCGUCAAGUUGGCGAAUGGGACGAAAAUGGAUGGGAUAAAUUGGAAAAAUCUCUAAGUUCAAACAUUGGGGAUCGCGCUAUGCAUGAAGUUUAUCUUUGGCCCUUUGCCAAUGUUAUCCGUGCUGGUGCCGGUGGCAUCAUGUGCGGAUACAACUCGGUUAACACCACCAAUUGUUGCGAAAACUCGUACUUGAUGAACUACUUAAUCAAAGAGGAGUUGGCGUUCCAAGGUUUCAUAGUGAGUGAUUGGGGUGCUCAACACUCGGGAGUCAAUUCCGCGUUGGCUGGAUUGGAUAUGACCAUGCCCGGCGAAGUGUUUGAUGAUUGGCUCACGGGAAAAUCGUUUUGGGGUCCCUUGUUAACCAGAGCCGUUUAUAAUAAAACCGUUAGUCAGCUGCGGUUGAAUGACAUGUGCAUGAGAAUCCUCGCCCCCUUUUUCGCAAUCGAUGGUUGCAAUUUACCCACCGAGGACGACACCCCCAAUUUUAGCUCAUGGACCCAUCACACGUAUGGCCAAGAGCUUCCAUACCAACAUUAUGGUCCCAUUGUUCAAAAAAACUGGCACAUUGACGCUAGAUCCGAGUUUAGCGAUAACACCGCGUUGACCGUUGCCCGCGAGUCGAUUGUCUUGUUGAAAAACAGCGAUAAGCACUUGCCCAUUGACAAGUCCGAUGGGGUCAGAAGAAUCUUGAUUGCGGGACAAGGCGCGGGGAUUGACCCCGACGGAUUCAAUUGCAAAGACCAGCGAUGUUGCGGAGGCGUCUUGACGAGCGGGUGGGGGUCUGCUGCUGUCAAUAAUCCGACGGUGGUGACCCCCUAUGAGGCAAUUGCCAAAAAAUGCCGAGAUCGAGGAAUCGUGGCUGACUACUGCUCCAAUAACUGGGACUUGGAAACAGUGGGUGACUUGGCAGACUAUGCCGAUUUAUCAAUCGUGUUUGUUAAUGCCUUCUCGGGCGAAGGGUACAUUUACGUUGACAACAACUUUGGAGACCGGAAAAACUUGUCUUUAUGGCACAAUGGAGAUGAGUUGAUUGAACAAGUCGCGUGCAAGUGCCACAAAACGGUGGUUGUGGUCACCUCUCCAGGACCAGUCAAUAUGGAGAAAUGGAUCGAACAUGAGAAUGUUGUUGGUGUCAUAUACGCUGCUCCGCUUGGCCAAUUUGUAGGACAAGCGAUUGCCGAUGUCCUCUUUGGCGAUACCAACCCAUCCGGUAAGCUCCCGUUCACCAUCGCUAGAAAGAAACAACAUUACGUGGCCGUGAUUGAUGACUUGGGCGGCGAAGUUUGCCCCCAGGAUAAUUUCGACCGCGAUAUCUAUAUCGACUAUCGCUUUUUCGACAAGCAUAACAUCAAGCCCAGAUUUGAGUUUGGCUUUGGGUUAUCCUAUACUUUUUUCAAGGUCUCCCACCUUAAAAUCACUGAAAUUUGUCCUCCCUCCGAGUACCUUCCAUAUCCACUGGACUAUUUGCCCAUAGUCAAGAUGCUUGAAGAUGACGUUUGCGACCCCGAGGAUGCCUUGUUCCCGCAUGAUGAUUUCGACCCGUGUCCAGGUUACAUCUACCCCUUCUUGUACAAUGACAAUAUCAUGUCCGUGGAUGACUACGACAAUGACGAGCAAGGCAAAUACGACUACCCUUGUGGAUACGAUCCAGACCAAGCUUCAUGCCCUUCACUCAACUCGGGUGGAUUAGGAGGAAACCCGGCCUUGUGGGAAGUGUUGUACGAAGUGAGUGCUGAAGUGAGCAACGAAGGGAAAGUCAAAGGCGGUUAUGUUUGUCAACUAUACAUCGAACUACCAAGCACCAUCUUGCCCUCUCCACCAAAGAUAUUACGUGGAUUUGAAAAAGUGUUUUUGGAACCGGGUAAAAGUUGCAAAAUCUAUUUCAACAUCUUGCAUAGAGAUUUGAGUAUAUGGGAUCCCGAGUCUCAGCAGUGGAUCAUACAAACUGGUACAUACAAGAUCUAUUUGGCUUCGAGCAGUAGGAAAGUUGAGCUAUGCGGUGAGAUUGAUAUCGGAUGCUGA